GCCACCAGGAGAACAACAACUUCUCCUCUGUGAACAUCAACAUUGGCCCAGGGGUCUGCGAGUGGUUUGCUGUUCAUGAGAGCUACUGGGAAGCGAUCAGCGAUUUCUCAGGCCAGGCUCAAACGGCCCAACGUCUCACCAGCAAACAUUACCUGCGUGCCUUACAACUCUCACCAGCACCACCACCCUCAUCACAACCAGCAAACUCUGCUGCCUCCCCCACUGACACCAGCCCGCGGCGAGUGCGGGAGUCGGCACAGAGCCCAAGAGGAAGGCGGCAGGUGGGGGAGUGGCCUCUUCCAGGGAGGGUGUGGGCGGCAGCGGGGGGGGCCCUGGGCCCCGCGGACUUCCUGAAGCUCAAGGGCCUCUCGGAUGGGCCCCCCAAGGAGCUGAAGAUCCGCCUGAUCAAAGUGGAGAGCGGGAGCGGUUCAUCGCCUCCGAGACACGGCCAGCGAGGUCAUCCAAGCCUGCAACUGGAGAGAAAGCGGGACAGGUUCUCUCCGGUGCUCCUGCAGUUCUGCACGGACCCCCAAAACCCCAUCACUGUCAUUAGAGGGCUGGCUGGAACCCUGCGCCUCAACCUAGGCCUCUUCGGGGAUCACUCGGUGGAGGUGCGGACGCAAGUCCAGCAGCCUUCCGAUGAGCCGACUGGAGACAGGCAGACCUGGCCGUGCGAGAGCAGCCGUUCUCACACCACCAUCGCCAAGUAUGCCCAGUACCAAGCCUCCUCCUUCCAGGAGAGCCAGCAGGAGGAGAAGGGAAGUGGUGAAGAGGAGGAUGAAGAGGAGCCCCCUGUCGCCCCGGAGCCCCCCAGCAAUGAUGCUACGGAUCAGAAACCCGUGGGGAAGAUUAUCAAAUUCGGGACAAACAUUGACCUGUCAGAUGCCAAGCGGUGGAAGUCCCAGCUGCAGGAGCUGUUCAAGCUGCCCUCUUUCAUGCGCGUCUCGUCGAGUGGCAUGAACACGGUGCAACUCUACAUGAAGGUCCCGGGCAGCUGCACCCCAGGCCACCAGGAGAACAAUAACUUCUCCUCUGUGAACAUCAACAUUGGCCCAGGGGUCUGCGAGUGGUUUGCUGUUCACGAGAGCUUCUGGGAAGUGAUCAGCGAUUUCUGUGAGAGUCACGGAGUGGACUACCUGACGGGGUUCUGGUGGACGGUGCUGGAGGGUCUGUACAGGGCAAACAUCCCAGUGUACCGGUUCAUCCAGCGAACGGGGGACCUGGUGUGGAUCAGCGCCGGCACGGUGCACUGGGUGCAGGCUGUGGGCUGGUGCAACAACAUCGCCUGGAACAUGGGGCCCCUCACCCAUAGGGGUCCGUGCAGAACUGCAGGAGCACCAUGGAGAACUUGUCCCGCUUUCUCUGGAGCUGGAUCAACAAACACAGAGAUGAAGAUCAAGCUCAGCAUUUCAGCUGUAGGUGUCACCCCCACUGCAGCCACUAGGGGGCAACGUGAGCUUAAAAACAAAAGUUUUGCAUUAUCAACCUAUAGAAUUAACACAUUUUGCUUCAUAAAGCUGAAUGAAACCUGCUGAAUAAUGUUACGUUAACAUAUUGAAUUACACACCGCUUUGUAGUUUCCCCCGAUAUACUUAACGAAAAACUGACAAAAAUUGAGACAGAGACUGGCUCAGUGACCACAACCUGGCCAUCGAAAAAGGCAGUCACAGGCAAACCUGGCUGGCCAGGGAGAACAGGCUUUGUGAUCACUGUGAGACAGGAGAGGUCAAGACAGAGAUUUACUUCCUAACACACUGUGAAAAAUAUAAAAACAUAAGGGCCAUUUUCUCCCCCAAAUUCGGCGAUACCCAGAAGCUGUCAAUCUUGCUGGUGGAAGACAAACACACAGCCAAAUACUGGCUGGUCAAUAUGUGGCGACCUGUCAUAGCCUGAGGGACAAACCGUGGACAUGUCACACUAGACAGGGAAAAGAAAGAAGGAUGGAGGGAGAGAUUCUGUUUAAUAUACAGGGAGUGAGGGAGGGGGGGAAAGGGGGG